UAUGCGUUUCAUUAUUAUUUGCACCAUCUUUGCCUGCGCUGCAGUCAAUGCUCUGCUACAUUUAGACAAGAAUAACAAAUGGCGUCGUAACGAUGAAGUCUUUAAUGUCAUGGAUCCAUUUUACUAUGAUUUGUCCCUGGAAUCAGGCGAUUUAUUAGAUCCAAGGAAACGUUUCUCUUCUAUCGUCACUUUAGCCAUCUCAGUAUACCUGAAAAGCAAUGAAACGGACCAUGAGAAACGCGUCAAAGAAUCUGUCAGAAGAACUAGAAAUGAGCUUGAUAAACCUUCGGACGCUAUUAGUGGUACAAUGCGAGCUAUCCUUACUCAACUAAGAGGUAUUAUUGAUAAGCCAAUCAACGACGUAAAAAUAAGUUGUCCUCCCGAUGCUGACCAGAAGUCUUGUGACGAAAGACUGAGGAUGUCACAUGACAAGAACGAAGCAACUUGUCGAGGUUAUAUAAAAAAUGUUGAUAUGUACGAGAGAGUAAUUAAACUGAUACAUAGUAAAAGAGUAGAAGAAUUGAGGGAUGAAAUAAAUAGAAAUUGGAGAGUUAGUGACGAUGAUGCUUUGAAAUACUUCGCUAGAUCAGCAGGUGGUAGACAUUCUAAACUUAUGAAGGAAUUUAAAGAGCUGUAUGAAAUACAAUCUCGUGAAUCUUUCAAUUGUAAUAUAUUGAAUUUACCAAUCUUCUGA